AUUUUAUUUUUCUUCUUUCCUUAGGUGGUGUUUGGAAACUAGACCAUGUGCCUAGGUAGAUGUUAUUCCUUUCUCCGUAGCUCUACACCGCACCCUUGUUUUGAGAACCUCUCUGAGUCAGACCAGGAGCAGUCUGCAGACGUGUGUUUGGAAGCCACUGGACCAGAUCAUUUCUGAGGUCCCCUUCAGCUCUAACAUCCUCCCUUGCCAGCAUCCAGCCAUGGGGGACAUGAAAACUCCAGAUUUUGAUGACCUUCUGGCUGCCUUUGACAUCCCAGACCCCACCAGCCUUGAUGCCAAGGAGGCCAUCCAGACACCCAGUGAGGAGAAUGAGAGUCCACUCAAACCUCCAGGCAUGUGCAUGGAUGAGAGUGUGUCCUUGUCUCACUCAGGAUCAUCCUCAGAUGUGCCGGCCGUGAGUGUCAUUGUCAAGAACACCAGCCGCCAGGAGUCGUUUGAAGCAGAGAAAGACCACAUUGCUCCCAGCCUCCUGCACAAUGGAUUCCGGGGCUCGGACCUGCCUCCAGAUCCCCACAACCUGGGUCACAACUGUGGGAAGUUUGAUUCCACUUUCAUGAACGGAGACAGUGCCAGGAGUUUCCCUGGCAAGCUAGAACCUUCCAAGUCAGAGCCGUUACCGACCUUUAACCAGUUCAGUCCAAUCUCUAGCCCAGAACCUGAGGAUGCCAUCAAAGAUAAUGGGUUUGGAAUGAAGCCCAAGCACUCUGACGGUUAUUUUCCACCCCCUCCUGGGUGUGGGCCUGUGGGGGGCCCAGUCCUGGAGGCUCUGGCUAAGUUUCCAGUCCCAGAGCUCCAUAUGUUUGAUCACUUCUGUAAGAAGGAGCCCAAGCCGGAACCUCUGCCCUUGGGGAGUCAACAGGAGCAGGAGCGAGGUGGGCAGAAGGUGGGGGAGCCUCACAAGGAGCUGGAUGCCAGUCGAUUCUUUGGGGAAGCUUUGGAAUUCAACAGCCACCCCAGCAACAGUAUUGGAGAGCCGAAGGGGCUUGCCCUGGAACUUGGUACUUGCUCGUCAGUCCCCCCUAGGCAGCGUCUGAAGCCAGCUCACUCCAAGCUUUCCUCUUGUGUUGCAGCCUUGGUGGCCCUGCAGGCCAAAAGAGUGGCCAGUGUCACCAAAGAGGAUCAGGCUGGCCACACAAAGGAUCCCUCAGGGCCCACUAAAGAGGGCUCCAAAGGUAGCCCCAAAAUGCCUAAGUCACCAAAGAGUCCCCGGAGCCCUCUGGAGGCCACUAGAAAGAAUAUCAAGCCAUCAGACAGCCCUCGGAGCAUCUGCAGUGACAGCAGCAGCAAAGGCUCCCCUUCAGUGGCUGCCAGCUCCCCGCCAGCAAUUCCCAAAGUUAGAAUCAAAACCAUUAAGACGUCAUCGGGGGAAAUCAAACGGACUGUCACGAGGAUCCUGCCAGACCCCGACGAUCCCAGUAAGUCCCCCGUUGGAUCACCUCUAGGGUGUGCCGUUGCCGAGGCCCCGAGCGAGGCGCCAGAGGACGAGGUCACUGCCUUGCCGGCAGUGGUGCACUCUCCUGAGGUGGGCACAAAUUCCGGGAGCCCCCGGGGUGACAAGAAAGGGGACGAGAGCAUGCCCAAGGCCAGCGAAUCUGCAUCUCCCUGUGGCAGCUCCGGGUCCCGGGUCCCAAAGGGGGCUGCCCCCGGCUCACAGACGGGCAAGAAGCCACAGCAGAGCACGGCGCUGCAGGCCUCCACCCUGGCCCCUGCCAACCUCCUGCCCAAGGCCGUGCACCUGGCCAACCUGAACCUCGUCCCCCACAGCGUCGCCGCGUCUGUGACGGCCAAGUCCUCGGCGCAGCGGCGGAGCCAGCCACAGCUCCCGCAGAUGUCGGUGCCCCUGGUCCACCAGGUGAAGAAGGCCGCCCCGCUGGUUGUGGAGGUCUUCAACAAGGUCCUCCACAGCUCCAACCCCGUGCCCCUCUACGCGCCAAAUCUCAGCCCACCCGCGGACAGCAGGAUCCACGUGCCGGCCAGUGGCUACUGCUGCCUGGAGUGUGGGGACGCGUUUGCCUUAGAGAAGAGCCUGAGUCAGCACUACGGCCGGCGGAGCGUCCACAUCGAGGUGCUGUGCACACUGUGCUCCCAGACGCUGCUCUUCUUCAACAAGUGCAGCCUGCUCCGGCACGCCCGCGACCACAAGAGCAAGGGGCUGGUCAUGCAGUGCUCGCAGCUGCUUGUGAAGCCCAUCUCCGUGGACCAGAUGUUUGUGGCAGCCCCUGCCAACUCCCCGGCACCAGCAGCCCCGGCGCCCCCGGCCUCCCCCAAACCCGGCCUCACUUCGGGCACUGCCAGCCCAACCCUCCCAGCUCUGCCGCUCUACCCGGACCCCGUGAGGCUCAUCCGGCACGGAAUCAAGUGUCUCGAGUGUCACAGGCAGAUACGCGACUACAUGGCUAUGGCUGCACAUUUCCAGAGGACGACGGAGGAAACCGAGGGGCUGACUUGCCAGGUGUGCCAGAUGCUGCUGCCCAACCAGUGUAGCUUUUGUGCCCACCAGCGGAUCCACGCCCACAAGUCCCCCUACUGCUGCCCGGAGUGCGGGGCCCUCUGUCGCUCCGCCUACUUCCAGACCCACGUGAAGGAAAAUUGCUUGCACUAUGCCCGCAAGGUGGGCUACAGGUGCAUCCACUGCGGGGUUGUCCACCUGACCUUGGCCUUGCUGAAAAGCCACAUCCAGGAGCGACACUGCCAGGUUUUCCACAAAUGUGCAUUCUGCCCCAUGGCCUUCAAGACUGCCAGCAGCACUGCGGACCACAGCGCCACUCAGCACCCCACCCAGCCUCACAGACCCUCCCAGCUCAUUUAUAAGUGCUCCUGUGAAAUGGUCUUCAACAAGAAGAGGCACAUUCAGCAGCACUUUUACCAGAAUGCCAGCAAGACGCAGGUGGGCGUCUUCAAGUGCCCCGAGUGCCCACUCUUGUUCCUGCAGAAGCCGGAGUUGAUGCAGCAUGUCAAGAGCACCCACGGUGUUCCCCGAAACGUGGAUGAGCUGUCAAGCCUCCAGUCUUCAUCGGACACGUCCUCAAGCCGUCCUGGCUCUCGAGUUCCCACUGAGCCCCCAGCCACGAGUGUGGCUUCACGGGGAAGCGCCCUGCCCUCUAGCCGCUGGGGCAGGCCUGAGGCCCAUCGCAGGGCUGAGGCCAGGCCCCGGCUGAGGAACACUGGCUGGACCUGCCAGGAGUGCCAGGAGUGGGUUCCUGAUCGGGAGAACUACGUGUCCCACAUGAAAAAGAGUCACGGUCGGACGUUGAAGCGGUACCCGUGUCGGCAGUGUGAGCAGUCCUUCCACACCCCCAACAGCCUGCGCAAACACAUCCGCAACAACCACGACACAGUGAAGAAAGUCUAUACCUGUGGGUACUGCACAGAGGACGGCCCGAGCUUCCCUCGGCCCUCCCUCCUGGAGAGCCACAUCAGCCUUAUGCAUGGUAUCAGAAACCCUGAUUUGAGCCAGACGUCCAAAGUCAGACCUCCGGGUGGACAUUCCCCUCAGGUGAGCCAUCUGAAAAGACCAGGCAGCGGAGCCGGGGACGCUCCGGGCACCAGCAAUGGCGCAGCCGUCUCUUCCACCAAAAGGCACAAGUCCCUGUUCCAGUGUGCGAAAUGUAGCUUUGCCACGGACUCGGGGCUCGAGUUUCAGAGCCACAUACCUCAGCACCAGGCGGACAGCUCUACGGCUCAGUGUCUGCUCUGCGGCCUGUGCUACACCUCGGCCGGCUCCCUCAGCCGUCACCUCUUCAUUGUCCACAAGGUGAGAGACCAGGAGGAGGAGGAGGCGGCCGAGGCGGCUGUGGAGGCGGCAGAGCCAGAGGAGGGCUCCGGGGAGGAGGUGUCCAUGGAGACCAGGGAGAACGGACUGGAAGAAUGUGCCGGAGAGCCUUUGUUGGGCGACCCAGAGGCGAGAUCACUAGGUCCGGCUUCUGAGGAGGACGGUGCCCAGGAUGCUCAGAGUCAACCACAGGCCUCUCGGGACCAGGACAGCCACGCACCGUCCCCUCAGGUGUGACUGGAGGCUCUGCAGCGCGUGCGGUUGGGCCCGUGCCGCGGCCUCCCCCAUCUGCCGUGUGGACAGUGGGAGAGAAAAGGCUCUGCCCCGGUGUGAGUGUGGCCGGCUGUGCCCUGGAGCGGUGUCUGCCCCGAGCUGCGGGGUGCUGGGUGUCCCCCAGCCCCGGGAAAUGUGCGGUCACCCAGGACCCUCACAGCUCUGAAUAUGCUUCUGUUAUUUAUGGCUUUGUGCUGCUUCUUGGUACCCCAGCUCUUGUCUGUGUCCUUCCAACCCCAGGCUGCUUAAGUGGCCCAACCCCAACGCUGUCAACUCGGCUUGAAACCCCUCAGCGCUGUGCUCUUCUGGGAGGUUCCCGCGUGCUGCCUUCAGCCAGGGCUCUCCUUGGAGCCCUCUGUCCGGCCAGCAGAGCCGGAGCAGGGGGAUGAGGGUGCUGGCGCACCCGCUCUUGGAGAGCCCUGCCCAGGCUGGCUUGGUGAGGGCCCUUGAUCACCUUGCCCUUCCUUCCUGUCUUCUCUGAUUCUUUCCCCUCCAAAAAUAGUCCUGGAGAAUGAAUUGUCACACUGGCGCCUCCUGUCUGUGUGGGUGGGAGAAAGUUCUGCAGCACACCUCUGUUUGGAACCGGGAGAGCAGGAAACGCAGCAAGGCAGGCAGGCCCUGAGAGGCAGACCCCCUUCAGAAGGAGCUGUGCGUCCUUGUUCUGCUGCUGUUCUGCCUUCCUGACACGUGGGGUUGGGGGCACACAGACAUUGGAAUAUUUGUACUCUUGCUCCUGUGCCAUUAGAGAGGCUGCUGCCCCAGGCAGGCCGGCCCCUCCUCCUCUCGGCUACACUCAUGUUGCUCAGACUCUAUUUCAAAUAAAAAAUCUUCUUACCAUGCA